AUGGAAGUCAUGAGCAGCCCAAAUCCCACCAUGUCUGCCAUCCCCAAGCACAUCCUGGACAUCUGGGUCAUCGUGCUGAUCAUCCUGGCCACCAUCCUGGUCAUGACGUCCAUGGUGCUGUGCCCGGCCACGGCUGUCAUCAUCUACAGGGUGCGGACUCACCCCAUACACAACGGGGUCGUGUGA